AUGAUCAGUAAAAGAUUUUUUACUAAUUAUUUAUUAAUAUUUAUAUUUAUUACUAAAUAUUGUUAUAGUGAUUUAGCACCAACAAUUGAAACAUUACCAUUGACUGCUGAUGAAAUGAAAACUCUAACAUUGGUUCGAGAUCAAUCAACAAAUUCAGGAAAGAUAAAUUUUGAUGAAUUUUAUAAACUUUUAAAAGAAAAAAAUUUAGAGUUAGCAAAUAAAAUUUCCUCAGCCAGAGAGGUAUGGAAUAAUAAGUUUGACAAUCUUCAGACAGAUGCUAAAGCAUGGAUGGAAGAGGUAAGACAAGCUAAACCUACUAAUGGUAAAACAUUAACAAGUGAUGAAAUGUCUAAAACAAUGAAUAAAAUUCGGACAAGUUUUAAUAGUUUAUCUGAGGAUGCAAAAAAAGAAUUAGAAGAAAAUUUUCCAGCUGUUGUAAUGCAAAUGGGAAUAGAAAAUAAUAAUCAUAUAAAUAUAGUAACAAAAGAACCUAAUGAAGAAUGA